AGCGAGGGCAGCACAAAAGGCCACAGGAAUUCGGUCCGAGUCUGACUCUGAGAUGGGUGUUUAUCGUGCUGCGUUGCGCCCUAGUUUCUUUUUAGGUUAAAAUCCGUGCAGAUACGGAAAUGGAUCCCGGUGAAGACUGGAUCAAGAGUGAAAACAAAGAGGAAGUUUCCCAGCAACUGAACCAUGACCCAGGGAAUCCUGACAAGCCAUCCAAAACAUUAUGGGAGGAGAGUGAAGACUUCCUGGAUUCUGAACAGCCUGAAGGCCGCAAGAGGGACUUGGAGACUCCUCAGGAUACGUUCUCCAGGGAAAUCUGUUUUGACUAUGUGAACGGCCCUGGGAGGGUCCACCCAAAUGACAAGCCAUUCAAGUGUGAUGUUUGUGAGAAGAGCUUCCGUCACAGUUCCAGUCUGCUUACCCAUCGGAGGCUCCAUACAGGGGAAAAGCCUUACAAAUGUACUGACUGUGGGAAAAGCUUUAACACCAGUUCAGCCCUCAUAGUACACCGCAGGACCCAUACGGGGGAGAAAUCUUACGUGUGCUCAGACUGCGGGCGGUGCUUCAGUGAAGGCUCGGUGCUCAUCAAGCACUGGCGAAUCCACACAGGAGAAAAGCCUUACAAGUGCUCAAUAUGCGGGAGGGGCUUCCGUCAGAGCUCGCAACUCCGUGCCCACGAGAGGACCCACACGGGUGAAAAACCCUAUGAGUGCCAAGACUGUGGGAAAUGUUUCAGCACCAGCUCGAACCUCUCAGCCCAUCAGAGGACCCACACUGGAGAGAAGCCCUACAUAUGCACGGAAUGCGACCGGCGCUUUGGCCACAAGUCACAUCUCAUCUCCCACCAGAAAACCCACACGGAAAAACUGCACGCUUGUCCCGAUUGCCCUGCGAGCUUCCGCAUGAUCCACCAGCUCCUGGUCCAUCGCAAAUCCCACCAGGAGGAGAGGCGCUACAAAUGCCUGCUCUGCGGGAAGACCUUCAGUUACAGCUCAGCCCUCCUUGCUCAUCAGAGGAUGCACACGGGGGACAGGCCUUUCAAGUGCCUAGAAUGUGGGAGGAGUUUCAUUCGGAAUUCGGACCUGAACAAACACCAAAGAAUCCACACGGGCGAAAAGCCCUAUGAGUGUCCCGAGUGUGGGAAGAGGUUUAAUCAGAGCUCACACCUGGUCAGCCACCGAAGGGUCCACUUUAAAAACACUGCAAAACAUUCUGGUGUGAACCCAGUGACUCCAGUGCAGCAAGAGACAGAACCUUUCUGAAGCUCCACUUCAUUUCUCUACUCUACUUCCAGCUGGGUUUUUUUAAUAAGCUAUUUAAUAAGCAUGAACUAGAUUGGGUGUAUUCCAUGGUUUUAAACAAAUCAAAAUUCCGCACCAAAGUAAUUCAAAUUAUCCAUCAAGGAAAGAUAAGCAAAUUAUCUAAAUUAUAUUUGCAUUUUUUUAGAUAAUUUGUUCUGCUUCUGCAGAUCACAUUGAAAUGCAAAGAGCUAUGUAAGUAGUUAAAGCUUCACUCCUAAACAGUGAACACACAUGAAACUGCCUUAUUUUGGGGUUAUUAAGUUUUCUUGUUUAUUCUAUACUUCAGAAAUGAAGCUUAAAAGUGAAAAGACGUUCUUGUUUUAAUGAUCUUCAGAUGCACCAAGAAACAAAAGGGCUGGUUUGAAUCAGACUGAACUUAUUUUACGUGGGUUUAUUUGUAUGGACUUCCAGCCGUUUACUUCAAAACUGAGAAGUGUUUCCACCCCCGUAUAAUUACCAUGCUCCAUUAAAGCAUUUACCUGUAUCUUAAGAAAACAUUUGAGAUUAGGAACAGGGUAACAAAAAAGCAGCUGUAUUUUUAAAAAUUAAUAAAUGGAUAUCUUUAUCAUCAGCCAUCAAGAAAUGAGAUAUUAGCUGGAUAGUGUACUCUAUUUCCUUCUCUUUGAAAGACAUUUAUAUGGCAGUUAUUAAAGAAUUUGGUCCAGUGAUGAUUUC